CUUACUUCUAAUUUGUGGUUUUAUAAUUGUGAUUUGACAGUUUCUUUUUUGUAGAAAUGGUGGGACUAUCUGUUGGAGAGAAACAUUUUAUACAGGGUGGUAUUGCUCAAGACCUUCGCACUGAUGGUCGAAAAAGAUUAACUUACCGACCUAUAUCUGUUGAAACUGGAGUCAUUCCUCAGGCUAAUGGUUCUGCAAGAAUUAGAAUGGGUACCACUGAUGUCAUUGCCAGUGUGAAGGCUGAACUUGGAAAACCAGAUCUGUUUCAACCUGACAAAGGCAGGGUCAUCAUAAAUGUUGAUUGUAGUCCCACGGCAGCCCCUGUAUUUGAGGGCAGAGGAGGUGAAGAGUUGUCUACGGAACUCUCAGUUGCACUGCAGAGAUGCUUAUUGGGUAGUAAAAGUGGAACAGGGGCUGGCAUCGACCGUUCAUCUCUAUUGGUUGUGGAAGGGAAACUAUGUUGGGACCUUUACAUUGAUGGCCUUGUUGUCAGUUCUGAUGGGAAUUUACUGGAUGCCUUAGGUGCUGCAAUCAAGGCUGCCUUGAGCAAUACAGGCAUCCCAAAAGUAAAUGUUGCAACAGCUGCCUCUGCCGAUGAGCAGCCAGAAGUUGACAUAAGUGAUGAAGAGUUUUUACAGUUCGACACCUCUGGCAUCCCAGUAAUUGUAACUUUAACCAAGGUUGGUAGACACUACAUUGUAGAUGCAACCUCGGAAGAGGAAUCCCAGAUGAGCUCAGCUGUCUCUGUUUCUGUUAAUAGGAAUGGGCAUAUAUGCGGGCUGACCAAACGAGGGGGUGCAGGCUUAGACCCUAGUGUAAUUCUUGACAUGAUAUCGGUGUCCAAACAUGUGAGUGAGCAGCUAAUGAACAAGUUGGAUUCUGAGAUUUCAGCUGCAGAAGCUGAUGAAGCUGAAUGAUGGUAUGGUUAGAAUCUUUGAUAUCAUUGCGACUAGAUGGUCAAUUGAAGCAUUUAAUAUUUGGUACUAACCAUUGCU